GUCGUCAAAACUUCCCCUCAUUCGCCACGGCGAGCUCUGUCGACACUACCAGUAACUUUAGACCUGUCAACGUGCGGGGAAAGGCACUGUUCUCUGCCUCGGAGACACCAAAUCUGCGAUGAUUUAAAGCUGUCUACCUCUGGCCGGAAUCGGUGUGGGGGUCUUCUAAUUGAGUAAAUGUUGGCCUCAGGCUACAGACCUACUUCAAUCUCGCCUUUAAACCCUGCUCCCGUCCUUGAAGGUGAUCAGCGACUCAGGAUCUCUACUACUCACAAGGUAUGGCUACUGUCACAGCUCAUGCCCUGGGUGCAGGCCAUCUUACGAUACCCGAGCGAUUCUUUGUCAAACCGGCAGACCCAGAUGCCAGACGGACUGUGCCGUCGCUGUCCUUCCUCGUUCAGCACAAGGAUGCAAGGAGCGGAAAGACAACCCGAAUUGUCUUCGACCUGGGUAUGCGCCGAGAUCUCAGCCUAUACCCAGCAGCAUUAGAAUCCCACUUAACCAGCCGCCAACCGAUAUCAACAGACCCUGAUCCGGUUGCUUCGUUGGCAAUAGGCGGCUUGUCUGUGGACGAUAUUGACUACGUUAUGUUUAGUCACGUCCAUUAUGAUCAUGUCGGCAUGCCUCGUGAUUUCACCAACAAGAAAACGAAAUUUAUUGUCGGGCACGGUGCCCUUGAUCUGCUGAACGGGAAGACCAAACAUGAUCUUGGCAAGCAUAUGGUCUUUGAGUCGGACCUCCUCCCUCUCGAACGAACGAUAGAACUGCCACCACCCGAAGUAAGCGAUAACCCGUCACCAAAUCAUGCUCAGUUUAAGUGGAAGCGUCUUGGGCCCUUUCCAGAAGCUAUCGAUUUCUUCAACGAUGGUAGCCUUUACAUUGUGAACUCACCUGGCCAUCUUCCUGGACAUAUCAACCUCCUGUGCCGAUUGUCUUCGACAAAGUUUAUCAUCAUGGCAGGGGACGCCUGCCACGAUGUCAGACUCCUUACUGGUGAGAGAGACAUUGCAACUUGGACCGACGAGACCGGCAAACAUUGCUGCAUACACGUGGAUAUUCCCACAGCCAAGGAGAAUCUUGCUCGAUUGCGCGCUGUCACGAAAGACGGGAUCGAAUUGGAUGGAGAAGCAGCGCGGGCACAGGUCGAGCUCGUGUUUGCACAUGAUUUUGCUUGGGAGGAAGACGCAGUGAAGAGAGGCAGAUUUUGGCCAGGAAAAGUACAAUAGCUCAAUGAGAUGUCCGAGCCCAAGGCCACAAAUAGCUCAGCAUGUGAAAGGCUGGCGAGUCAGCGGUUGCCA